UUCAAUCCAAUCAGUAAAAUUGUAGUGGUGUGAAUGCAAAUUAAGUAAAUUAUCAUUGUGACGUCUACCACGACUGACUGUUGGUGUUUUUCAAUAAUAAUUAUUAUUAUUAUUGCUCGGUUUUCAGUUUUCGUAAAUGUCCAAAAUAUUUAUAUAAUAGCAUAAUCACUUGUAUUAUCAUAAAUUCUUAUAAUCACUGAAUCUCCAAAAAAGAAUCGUUUCAUUUUUUGAUGUCGCUGCGAAAUAUGUGAGAAAAUAAUCUUUCAAGUGUCAGUCAGCUACAAAAUUCACAAUGUCUUCGAGAGUGUUGCGAAAAAUGGGCCUACAGGACGAUCGUGACCUGCCACCUGUUAAAGACGAUGCGAGCGAUGAUACUGAAACGAGUUCUGGCGGUGUAAAUAAAAAACGGCACUUAAACAUGUAUGAUUUGCUAAAUAAUGGUUCUAUGUCUGAGUCCGAAGUGAAAGAAGACGAUGACCAUGAGACUACUGGUUCCGUAAACAAGAAAGAUGAAAACAUGUCAUACGAUAAAGAAAACAUUAGAAGGAAAAAGAAGAAAAAAAGAAAGAAGUCGGGUAAAGUAUUGUCAUCACAUACUCGUAGCAGUGAAGAUAAUGUUGAAGACGAAGUGGAAAGGAGUGUACGUGAAGUGAAUAAAAUAUUGGGUGAAGUACCGGACAAAGGUGAAGAUGAAGAUGAUGAAGCUACUUCAUCACAGAAUAUGUUGCACAAUCGUGACACUAUAUUUUUCAAAAAUAUAUUGUCUGUACAGCAUCGUAAUCUUAACCCAAAUAAUGAACUUCGUAAAAUGUUUGGACGUGUUGUUCAUCAAGCUGAGCUUAGCAAACGCAAGUUUAGAGGAAGAAAUCAUUUGAAAACUACAUGGUUAGUUACACCUAAAGACAAUUGGCCACCUGUCGGAAAAUCAGGUUCAACAAUGAAAUAUUUGGAAAGCAAAAAUGGUAUUAUGUAUUUUGCCUUUGAAAAUAGUACAGAAUAUCAACAUGUUCAGUUGCAACUCUUUACAGCUGUGGCUCACAUGGCAUCUAGAAAUCUGGUGAACAUUAUCAAUAACCAUCCAUACCAUGUUGACGUACUUUUACAAAUGACAGAAUGGGCACGACUUAGUGAAGACUUGCCAGUCGCAGCUGAACUCACUGAACAGGCACUGUACUCAUUGGAAAAUUCAUUCCAUCCCAUGUUUAGUUUGUCAAAUGGGAAAUGUCGUUUAGACUACCGUUUACAUGAAAAUAGAGCACUGUUCCUGACUUUAUACAGACAUUUAACAUUUGUUGGACUUAGAGCCUGUUAUCGUACAGCUUUGGAAUUCUGCAAACUUCUUUUAUCCCUAUCUCCAAUGGAUGAUCCUCUUGCUGUAGUUCUAUGUAUUGAUUUUUACGCUUUACGCUCGUCCGAAUAUACAUGGUUCAUUCAUUUUGUGAAUGCUUUUGAUUCCGCAAGAAAUCUAACACAGCUUCCUAAUAUCAAGUUUUCUCUUGCGGUUGCUAAAUGGCAAAAAGGUGAUGUUGAAACUGCUCAUACAUUAUUACAAGAAGCAUUAAUGAUGUUUCCUGGCGUUCUAAUACCUCUGUUAGAAAAGUGUUCCAUCCAGGCUGACAAACGAGUCAAUGCACAUUCAUUCUUCACUACAUAUGCUACAGACACUCAACCGAAAUCAUUGUCUUACUUAAUAUCCAUGUAUAUAACGAGGAGUUAUCAUAUAUGGAAAGAAGUUCAGCUGUUACCAUGGCUUGAGCGCAAUGUGCAAAUUGUACUUGAUAGAGUAGAUGCUAAGGACCCAUUAGUGAAAAACAUGGAAAUCUUACGAACAACUUUGUACAGUGCCAAACCACCAUUGAACAUACACCGACAUUUGUUAUUGUCAGAUAUGAGUGACACAAUUGCACCACCGGCUGAGGCGGUAACAAAUCCAAUUCUCAUUAUGGACCCAUUUCCACCACCAGACGGAACAUCAUUUUACAAUUCCAGAACUACAAACGAUAGUCUCAGUAGAGCAGCUGUGGAAAAUCAUUCUCUUUUUUCUACAUUUUUCCGUUCAUUAAAUCCUGUGUUUCAAGCCCUUUCUGAUGAAAGUAAUGUUGACGAAGAGUUAGCAGCUGAGGCUGAAGCUGUCGCAAGACCUGUAAUAACAAUGGUUGGUGAGCAAAUUGAAGAAAUGAGAAGUGAUUUACGUCAGAGUGUCAACUCUUUGUUAGAUGCUAUGAGGGAUUUACUAUCCAACGUUCACUCACCAAAUAUACCAGCAGAUGGUGAUAUUGAUGAUGAUUCUGAGCUCACGGAUACAGCAUAAUAGUAAAAUUGAAUAAACUUUUAAAUUUUAUGAGAUUUUUUUUUGUGUUCCGAUUAUAUUUAAAUUAUUUUUAAGUUUGAUUGAAUUUAAAUUAUUUUGCAUUAGAAGGCUGGGCUCAUUCUUAUGUGUGUAUUAUAUUCUAUUGUAAUCCUAUUUUAACUAUAUUAAAUUUUGUGUAUAGACAAAAUAUAAAAAAAAAUUAUUUUCAUCACAAAAUUUCAAACAAUUUUAACUCUACCCAAACUACUCAAUAAAACCAUUUUCUUAUUUCUUUAUGCCACAAUAACUAUAAUUAAUCUUUAAGGUAUCAUUAUACUUACAUUUUGAUUUGAUAUUUUAUUACCAUAUAUUAUUGUUUUUUUUUAGCUCUUUCUCGAUGUGUAUUUAAUAAAUAACAUUAGAGCACAGAAUUAAUUUUUUUUAUUUUCUCUCUUGAUAUACAAUUUACAUAUUUAGACUUGAACAACAAGUAAAAUCUUGAAAUAACUUUUGGUUUUUAGUAUGAUACUUGACUAACAACCCACAGGCUAUACCCAUUACCAUAUGACCUACAAAAUAAAUCUAAAUUAGUAUGCAAAUUUUAUUAUUGGCUAUAACCUAUAUUGUAACACAUCAUAUAAGAUCUCUUUAAAAAAAAAUUAAAUUUUAUCGCUAAUAAACUAAUGCUAAGAGAUUUUGAUUUAUUUCAUAGAUUAUAGUUAUGUUUAUCAUGGCUCACUGAGAAACAAUAAUUUCUUAAAUCAUAAUUGUCAAUAAUCAAUAUAAAAAAGAGUAAUUAUAAUACUAAUUCUACAUUAAAUACAUAGAUAAUAUAAAUGUAUAUUUAUGUUAUAUAAUAACUGCAGUUAGUUUUUUGAUUAUUAGAGUUAAUGAAAAUAAAAUAAAUUGAAUUUUUGAAUUUGUCUUUAAAUAAUUUUAUAAAAAUGUUAAGUUGAACAGACAUAAUCUUAGCAUUUAUUAUCUAAUCCCAUUAGUAAUUACCUAAUUUAAUUCUAGUGUCACUAACAAUUAAAUGAAACUAUAAAGAAAGUAUAUCGAACAUAAUUAUAAACAUUGAGCGAACAUUUUUGUACUUAAUUUGUUAUUGUAUUUAAAAAAAUAUAUAUCCAAUAGUAUUUUAUUUUAAAAUAAAGAUUCAACAAUAUUGUUUAUCAAAAUGUGCAUCAAAUACAUCAAAUGAUAUUUAUCAAAAGUAAUUUUACACUCAGAAAGGUUAAUGAGGGUAAAGGGUUCAAUGCUUGAAGUAUAAGACCCAUUUAGAGAUUUUCUUUUAAUCAAAAUAUAACUGCUUCAAUUGUGGGUAGAACAAAUAUAUUUGUUUCAAGAUUCCAAAACUAAAAUCAAUAACCAAAUUUAAAGAUUAUUUACUUUUGAUACCUUGAUUAAAUAUUUUUGUACAAUUAAUUUAUUAUGUUAUUUUGUACGCUAUUUAGUCUUGCCCGUUACAUUUCUAACAAAAAUAAUUAAAAACUUAUUUAAUUCUGAUUAUUUUUUCCAAAAAUGCCUGUGUAUAUAUUAUAUAAUUAUUGUUGCUUGUAUUGGACUAUUUUCUUGAUUUGUAUCAAAAAAAUAUACUCAUAUAUUCAUUUAAAAUUGACAAAAGAUUUAAGGGAAUACAUUUUUUCUUAAUAUAUGUUAUAUAUUUAUAUUUUGUAUAAUAAUAAUUAUUCAUUUUCAAUAUUUUAAUAAUUAUUCUCAGCAUACUUAUUAAUGUUAAAAUAGAUAUUCUUGCAAUUUUUUGAAAAGAGUUAAUACUAUUUUAUAGUUUUUAAUUUAACUUCAGAAAAUUUUGGAAUAAAAAAAAUUUAGUUGGUGUUAAUUAAUACAAAAAUUUAAUCAUUUUUUUUAAUCCAAUAAGCAAAAAUAUUGAUCUUCAUUUUGUGUUUUAUGUUUGUUAAAGUACUUUCAUUUUGUCUAAGAAUAUGUUUUAUUUAAAAAGAACUUUCUAAUUAAUUUUGUAAAACCAAUGCAUUUAUCAAAUUAUAUAUCAUGUAAUAAAUAAAAUACCUAUACUACAAUUAUAA